UACAAAGGCUAAAACGCUCAAUCUUUUCCUAGUUUCUUAUUAUACCAUUCCACCAAAAAACUGUAACUUUUUUUUAUCAUCGUCAACUGAUCUUUGAUGUUUUUUCUUUUUUGCUUGUCAGAUUGGGCGAACUUGCCAACAGAUGUUUUAUCUUUGAUUUACGAUAGGUUGUCUGCUGCAUCAGAUUGCGUACAAUUCAUGGCCGUUUGCAGGUCAUGGCGUUGUAUGAAAAAAGACAGAAAAUAUAAACGUGCUAGGUUGACAACUCCAAUGGUCUUCGUUUCUGAGAGGAAAGAAAAUACAUGGAAUGCAUAUGAUUUCGUGAACAAUCAAGUCCUUGGUUUUCAAUUAAAAUUACCAAAGACGCGAUUUUGUGGGUCUUCCAACGGAUGGAUAAUAACAGUGGAGAACUUUGUUGUAACCCUAAGGAAUCCACAAUAUGAUGUUAAAGGGAGGACAAGGAGGCCUUCAAUCAUUCGUCUUCCUCCACUAAAACCUCAAAUUAAUUACAAAAUACGAGGUUAUGCUAAAGCUCAUUCUGACUAUUUUGUUGUCAAGGCUACGAUGUCGGCAGACCCGAUCUCAAACUCCAAAGAUUGCAUUGUUAUGGUUCUGUAUGAGCCUCUUAGUCAAUUGGCUUUUAUUCAGCUUGGUAAAGACACAAGGUGGACUUAUAUUGAUAAGCAUGGUGAUGAAAUCUAUCCAUGGAUUAAAGAUGUUGUUCUAAUUGAAGAUAAGAUUUACGCCGUCGAUAGUCGGAGCAGACUUUGGGCUUUUGAAUCUACGUCCAAAUCCACCAUAGAUGUACAAUUGGUUGCUACUGGAAUAGCAGAACGACCUCAGAAGAUGUAUCUUGUCGGUUCAAAGAAGAAAGGACUAUUGAUGAUUUACAGAUUUAGUGAGUAUCAAUGGUUUACUCGCGAGUCGAGGAAGUUUAGAAUUUUUGAAUUGAAUUCUAAUGACGAGUGGAUUGAGAAAAAUGAUUUAGGUGAUAUUGCUUUGUUUGUGGGUGAUAACGAUUCAGGAUCUGUGGUUGCUUUAAUGCAUUCAGGAUGUCAGUCAAAUUGUGUAUACUUUGUCAAUGACAAUGAUGGUAUACAAUGUCGGCAUACGUUUGACGAUUUUGGGGUGUAUAAUAUCAAAAGUCAAAGCGUUACAAAAUAUGCUCGUUUGAGGAACCCAGUGAAGAGGACGAGGUACCCUCCAUUUAUGUUUCAACCAACCGUUUACAUGUAA